AUGGCGGAUCCUCAAACUAAAGAUUUCUCAAAACUGUACUCGCUCGUGGCUACUGUGGCUGGACAUAUCGGAAACCAGGGAAUGAUAUCCGUGAUGUCAACCAUUCUCAAACAGGCUGAUGAAGACAUACUUACAUCUGCUGAAAACGAAGCAUACUUGGCGUUGAAAAACAAGUGUCGUGAGCAAGAAAAUGAACUUGAAUUGUUGCGUGCAGGUUCAAGAACUUCUCGUCAAACGUUGACUGAGCCAACCGGUGAUGAGUCCGACGACACUGAGUGGGUCAAGAGCAUCAAGUAUAUUGUCAAACGGUCUCGCAGCCACCGUGGAUUGUACUGGAUCAACCGUUUUCCAUUGAAGAAGGUGAAAGGCCCCUACGACUUUGAUUCUCGUGAUGAGACCCUGAAGGAAUACAGAGAACGCAUGAAACAGCUUGGGAUAUAA